AGCACGAUCCCAUCUCCAAUUGGAAGUAUCUCAUUUAAAACAAAACAAAUCAAAUUUGAAGUUUAUGUGGAUUGGCAACUGGUGUUCCUGGUUACAAUGAGCUGCUUUGGUUGCGGUCGCAAGUAUGGAUUGUUCUGCAAAGAAUAUGGAUGCCCGAACUGCGGCUACUCAUUCUGCUCCAAGUGCCUGAAGAGGCCGAUGCCUGUGCCCCGUCACGCGGGAAAGGUGCUCAAUGUGUGCCUGAUAUGCUACGACAAGCUGUCCAAACUGCAGGCCAGCGCCGAUGCCGAAAAAGUCAUCGAUUGUGAGGCCUUGCCCGGAGUCUUAGUCACCAAAUUCAGUCUGCCACCUCCGCCCAAGGGUGCAGAGGGUGUGGGUUCGGUUUCGGCUGCCGAUGUGCUCUUUGAUGACUCCCCGCCCUCUGAGGAACUGCCAGAGGCUUUGGUUCCCAGUUCCAGUUCGGCUCUACAUUCCAAAGAUCAUGAGGAUCACAUUGAUGAGAACCUGGAUAGUGCAUUGACGAAACGGAUACAGGACUACAAACGCGUUGAUGCCACAGACGAUGAGAUCCGCGCCCGUCUCGCCAAUCUGACCGGAAUGCCUCAUAAAACAAAUUACGAUAAGAAGGACUUGUUACUAUCCACUGACCAAAGGAACGAUCAGGAGAAAAUGAGGGAUUUGUUGGCACAGUUUGUGGAGGAAGCACAGUUGGACCAAAAUGUGGACAGGCAGAGGGAUGAUUCAAUUUCCGACAUUGAGCGACGUUUGCGAGCUCUACGCGACACACCCGUCGAUUCAGCAGGUGCAGGCCCAUCGGGAUCCCAGAUAAGCAGUAACGUGGAAAACGAAGAGGACGACGAAACUCUUUUGCAAAAUAUAAUGAAAAAGUAUGUGGAGGAAUCGCGCUUACCAGCUGUUUCCCAGAAUGAAAUUAGCCCAAUUAAUAGUGAGGUGCCCAGCGGCACCGAAGAACUGCCCUGGUGCAACAUUUGCAACGAGGAUGCGGUUUUCCGUUGCCUCACCUGCGGUGGAGACCUCUUUUGCACUCAAUGCUAUAAGGAGUGUCACGAUGAUGAUGAGGAAUAUCGAGCUCACGUUAAGGAGAAAUAUGCAGCGCCGCCAAAGAUUGAAGAAAAUCAUUUCUAAUGCAAUUGUUAAGUUUACUUGGCUUUAAGAGAUUUUGUUUUAAUUAUAAAUUGUUUCCAAAAAAGAAAGCAUUGUAUUGCUAGCUCAUUCAUAUCUAUGCAAGGUAUAUUGUUCUCCUUUUUUUACUUAUGAAGUGGAAUAAAAACUGUGCACAGGUGCACAGAUAGAUUAUUUUUGACAAA